GACGUAACGCUACUCGUGACGUCAGCAUAACAACAAGCUGUCAUGUUAGCUCACCAGGCAGAAAUUGAAUCCAACAUAAUUUCAUAACGAAUCUUUUAAAAGCUGCAUUGUUUAGAUGUGACACGUCUCUCCGAAGUGUUCGAGAUCCAGGCGGGACAGGGCGUUCUUAAAGCCUGUCAGCUUCGCCAGCCGAAGAGACGGGGAACAGGAUUGGGAAGCAGGGCGAGGCGGGCCCCGCGGAGCCGGUGGAGAAGAUGGCCGGCAGCCCGGAGAAGAGUUCUACCGCGCAAGAGCUAAAGGAGCAGGGGAACCGCUUGUUCCUCUGCCGCAAGUACCAGGAGGCUGCUACAUGCUACAGCAAAGCUAUAAACCGGAACCCGUCCGUGGCAGUGUACUACACCAACAGAGCUCUCUGCCAUGUGAAGCUGCAGCAGCAUGACAAGGCUCUGGCAGACUGUAAGCAUGCCCUGGAGCUGGACAGCCAGUCGGUCAAGGCCCACUUCUUCCUUGGUCAGUGUCACCUGGAGCUGGAGAACUACGACGAGGCCAUCGGGAACCUGCAGAAAGCUUACAAUUUGGCAAAAGAACAGAGGCUGAACUUCGGAGACGACAUCCCCAGCGCCUUACGUAUUGCUAAGAAGAAGCGUUGGAACAGCAUUGAGGAGAAGCGCAUCAACCAGGAGAAUGAGUUGCACGCCUACCUAAGCAAACUCAUACUGGCUGAGAAGGAGCGAGAACUUGAAGACUACAAGGAAAAGCAGGACGACGAUCAAAACGGAGGCGAUGCGGCCAAGAUUGCAUCCAAACACGACAAGUACCUAAUGGACAUGGAUGAGCUCUUCUCUCAAGUGGACGAGAAAAGAAAAAAACGUGAGAUCCCAGAUUAUCUCUGUGGAAAGAUCAGCUUUGAACUGAUGAGGGAGCCGUGCAUCACACCUAGCGGGAUCACCUACGACCGCAAGGACAUCGAGGAGCACCUACAGCGAGUGGGGCAUUUUGACCCGGUCACUCGAAGCCCCCUGACCCAGGACCAGCUGAUCCCCAACCUGGCCAUGAAGGAAGUGAUCGAUGCCUUUAUCCAGGAGAACGGUUGGGUGGAGGACUACUAGAGUUGGAAGCCCACCCCUUGCCCACCCGUCUCCCAUUUCUCCAUCUUAAAUCAACAUGAGACUGUAGAGAACACGUCACCUUGCCUGGAGAUGAACUGUCACACUAUGGGCUACCAAACGGGUGCUGCCGUGGACCUUGUAGCGCCUCCCCCUGCCCUUUGGAUUCUGCUUGGAACCUGCGAGGCUGUACGUAUUGAUGGCCUACUAUACUCCCUUUAACACUCCCCCACCUUCUACACAUCCUUUUCUUUUCCACAACAUGGAGGCCAAGCUCUCAGGUCUCGCUCAUCAUGUCUGUUUCUAUCUCGAGUGCCACAAUCCCAGGAAAGCAUCACCAAAUGGUCUCGUGUCCUGCCAAUAGAAAAUUUGAAUAAUUUACUUCAGUUUUUUUUGUCAUUAAUUAAAACUCUUCAACCUGAAAUGGUAACUAUGCCAAAAACCGUUGUCAUUGAGGGUAACUACUUUGUAUACAAGUUUACAUGAUGGGUGUAUCACAAGUGUGUUUUCGCUGUUAUAUGCUUCACCUCUAGAUGGCGCCACAAACUCUUCACUCACAGCCCCGCGCUUUUGAGAUUUUUAGUGAUGAGCUCUUCGUGUUACACUCAAGUACAGACAAUUGAAAUAAGAUGAAUGUAUGCAUUCUAUGUUGCUUUGUUUGGAGCUGAACAUGUUUUUAAUCAGGACACUUUUUUCCCUUAAAAAGCGGCCUUGAACUGAGGAAAUGAAUGGGGGGGAAAAUGGCUGCUGGAUUGAAAAAAGAAAUGCUGACUAUUCCUUUAAAAUGUGUAUGAAUUUUGCUAAAAGACAUCACCUGUUGAAGGCAACGCCUACAUGUGCUUUAAAUGUGCACAAAGGUGUGCUGUGAUGCUCACAUUUUCUUACAAAAUCCAGACAAUGCUUCUUCUUCUCCCGCCCUGAUCCUAAUACUGUUAAUGUGAAGUGCAGUUAUCUCAUCGCUGAGAAAACUGCUGCUAAAACAAUCAUCAGUGUGGGGGAACUAUAAGUUAAAGUUGACUGUGUCGUCGGCUAUGCUUAAAUGCUGGAAGCAAAGUAUCAGUUUUCAUCCAUACUUCCAGCAUUCCUGUAAAACACCGUGCAGUGGCGGAUCUUUUAGCUGAGUGCUUCACGUCAGGCUGCGGACUAAGUGUACAUAAUUAUUAGCUUUGUGUAUCUUCUUUCUUGACAAAAUAGGCUUUGCAAUCCCCCAGUGUAUUAAAUGUAGAUAUGUUGAUAACAGAAAGGCCCGGUUCUGUUUUCCUUUUGUUCUCCCUCGUUAGUUAAAGCUUGUUGUGGUAUUGGACACAGGUAUCAUUCAAGAGACAUUCAAGGUGUUAAUGACAACUCUUGCUCACACAUUACAGUAGUAUUGUUUUUUUGUUUUUUUUGAUAUUACAUCAAUUUACAAGGCAAGCCGUUAUGAUAGCCAUACGACAAAGCAAAUGACAUGAACUUGUGAAUAAAUGCCAGUUAUUUCAACAACAUUGAAUUAUUUGUCCCCUUUAU